AUGACGCAGUCUCCACUGGUCCACCUCACCGAGUCUGCGCCCAGUCCCCUCCCUGCAACGCCAGAGGGAUACCUCGCAGGAGCAGACUACAGGGAUCGGGUCCCCAUCGUCAUUGAUCACGGCUCCUCUGAAUUGCGGGCCGGCUUCGCUACUGCUGCCGUGUCUGUCUCUUCCUCCUCUUCCUCCUCCUCCUCGGCCUACUCUCGCUACUCUUCACCGCCCUCAAUCCACUUCCCCCCCAUUGUGUCAAAAUACCGCGAUCGGCGCAGGAAUGCUCAGGUGCUUCUCGUAGGGCCACAAGCAAGCCUAGACACCGAGUCGCGGUCUAAGGCUCGUGGUCCCACAGAAGGAGGUCUCAUCGUAGCCCAAGACGUACUGGAAAAUGUCCUCGACUUCACCUUUAGCAAGCUGGGCAUCUCCAGCCCCGAAGGCAGGGAAGGCAAUGUUGACCAUCCCAUUGUCCUUAGCGAGCCUAUGUGUAAUCCCGGGUAUUGCAGAGGACUCACUUCCGAGCUCUUGUUCGAGGCCUACGGUGUCCCCGAGGUAUCAUAUGGACUAGACUCGCUCUUUGCAGCGUAUGCCAAUGACAUUGGGCCUGAAGGAGUAAUUGUCAGUAGCGGAACCUCUAGUACAACCAUUGUACCCAUGAUUGGAGGCAGGGGCAUUCUCGGCAAUGCCAAGAGAAUGAAUUGGGGCGGUUCCCAGGCUUCCGACUACCUCUUGCGUCUCCUCCAGCUCAAGUAUCCCGCUUUCCCUGUUCGACUCAACGCCUCGCAGAGCUCCUCCCUCCUCGAGACGCCAUCCCUUCUGUACUCGCACCCGCAGGACUAUCACUCUCACAUCGCCUCGCUCUCCGACCUCAGGAAGCUACAGUCUGAGGGACAGACCGUACAAAUACCUUUUGUGGUUCCAGAGGGUAGCAAGCGAAAUCAGCUCAGCGAGGAGGAGAGGCUGAAGAGGGAAGAGAGGAAAAAGGAGGCGGGAAAGAGACUACGCGACAUGACUGAGAAGAACCGACUGCAGAAGCUUGGAGAGAAGGAGGAGCAACUCAGGAGGAUCGCCGAGCUCAAAGAUUGGAAGGGGAAAGAGCGCAAAGCUGAGUGGCAGAAACGCUUGGAGAGCGCCGGCUACGACACUGAGCAAGACAUGGAGAAGGAGGAGAAGAAGCUCUCGACCGCCGUCAAGCGUUCGCGAAGACGCGAUCAGGUCGAAGACGACACAGCCUUGGAGCCAGAAGCACCUCCGACCUUCCCUUUGGUGGAAGUGCCAGAUCACGAGCUCACAGAAGAGCAGAUCAAGGAGAAGAGGAGGCAGAGGUUGAUGAAGGCGGGCUAUGACGCCAGGAUGAGAGUCAAGGCUGAGAAGCUCGAGGAAAGGCGGAUCGAGGCCGAACGGAUUCAAGCAGAUGAGGCGCGCAGAACGAAUGAUCCAGAGGGCUGGGCAGCGGAGAAGAGAAAAGAGUACGAGGACGUCAUCGAGCGCAUGAAGGAGCGCAAACGCAAGAAGGAGCUUCUAUCUGACCGCAAAUCUCUCGCAGCCCAACAACGGAUGAAAAACAUUGCAUCUCUAGCUUCUGACGGUCCGGGAGGCGACAGAGCAUCCCCUCCCGGAGGCGGCUCCCGAAACGCCAAGAGGAAGCGGGCAGGGGCGAAUGGAGCCGAGAAGGAUGACGGCUUUGGACAGAACGACGAAGAUUGGGCUAUCUACAGAGAUAUUCAGGGAGCAGAGGACUCAGACGAGGAGGAGGAAGACGAAGACCUUCUCGUUGAUCUCGAAGAGAACCUCUUGAAGUUUGAUGCUGGCUUCACCAGGGACAUGACCCUUGCGGCUAGGAUUGCACGGAAGAGGGCGCUCACGAGGACGUUCCUCGGCGGCACACCGGAAGGCUACGAAGAGAAGCCUGUCAAUCCUUUCAGCACCAAGAAUGGUCAAAAGACGGACGAGCAGCCGGAAGAGGAGCUGGAUGAGGAGGCGGAGCUGGCUCAGCUGGCCAAGCAACAUCAAAUCACGCUCAAUGUCGAGCGGGCUAGAGUUGCGGAAGUCUUCUUCCAGCCCAGUCUGGCUGGGGUGGACCAGGCUGGGCUGGACGAGAUCGUUGAGAUGGUGGUGAAAGGCUUCCCGGAGGAUGGCGGUGUGAGGGAAAGAAUGGUCAGCAACAUCUUCCUCACAGGUCGCCACACACUCUACCCCAACCUGGACACCCGCCUGCAGAAUUCCCUUGUGGCACUCUUGCCCACAACGCCGUAUGGAUCUGCCGUGCGCGUUAGGAGGGCGAACGACCCGCGAUUCGACGCUUGGAGGGGGACGGCGAGGUGGUGUUUAGAGCGCGGACAGGAGAGGAAGGAGGCUAGUACCCGGGAGAUGUAUGACGAGUACGGGGCAGAGUACAUCAAAGACCAUCCUUUCGUGUCUGCGAUGAUCUAG